AGACAUCCAAGGAGCUGCAGUGGAAAGAGCUGUGUUUAUUACUAGUUGCAGCAAGGAAGAGCACACACCAUGGAGAACUGUGGGGCGCCUCAGUCAGAAGGUGUUAGAGAAGACUUAGCAUAGAAAUUGGGCUUGUGUUAGGGGAUUUGGGAGGGUCUGCAGAAGUGGGCUUCAGCUCUUUACUAGAUGCUAUCAGGAAGAUGGGAGGGGGGUUAAUCUUGUGAGUGGGAACUUUAAUCAAUCUUUUGUAGGAAGGAGUCUAGGGCCAGACUAAAGAUCUAAUUGGUAAAAGAGCAGCAGUCCCUUAUUGCCAGUGUCGGGUGCUUGGCUAUUGUUGUAGUUUGGGCAAUGUUCAUAUUUCUCUCUGAUCAGAGAUAGCUCCCUCUUUUCCUGUUUUUGGGUUAGGGGUGAGUGGUAAUAGCCCCACUGUUUCUGGCCCUGGGGCACUGCACUAGCCCACGUAGCUUUUCCCCUCACUGUGACCACACUAUUGCAAACAGCUCCUGAGUGAAAUCCUCCUUGAAUGGUCUAAUGUGAGUGUGUUGUUGAUUCUUGUUGAGACUCUCCCUGAUGCUGGAGGCUCCUACAAAUUUAGACUGAUUUAUCCUUCCACAGCACUGGGUGCUGAUCUUCACUUGGAAAUGAAGGGUUAUGAGGAUGGAGGGAUCCAUCUGGAGUGCAGAUCCACCGGCUGGUACCCCCAGCCCCACGUCCAGUGGAGAGAUGCCAAAGGGGAGGUCAUCCCAGCUGUGGCAGCACCUGUGGUUGCAGACGAAGUGGGCCUGUAUGCAAUGGCAGCGUCAGUGAUCAUGAGAGGAAGCUCCGGGGAGGGGGUAUCCUGUACCAUCAGAAAUUCCCUCCUCCAGCAGGAAAAGACAGCCAGGAUUUCCGUCGCAGACCCCUUCUUCAGGAGCGCCCAACCCUGGAUCGCCGCCCUGGCAGGGAGCCUGCCCAUCUUGCUGCUGCUUCUUGCUGUGGCGGGUUACUUCUUGUGGCGACAACAAGAGGAAAAAAAGACUCUGUUGAGGGAGAAAGAGAGAGAGCAAGAGAUGAGAGAAUUGGCACGGAGUGCAACAGAGCAGGAACAAAACAUAAGAGAGAAACUCACGGAAGAACUCAAGUGGAGAAAAAUCCAGUACAUGGCUCGUGAGUGGCUCUGGCAUUUUCUUUCCAAUUAUCACUUAUGACUCUCUCUGCUUGGAUAUUUUCCAACCCUUAACUCUGCCCAGGCUUGGGGAAUGGCUGUGGUCCCUGUGACAGGGAAAGAAAAUAAGUGUGGGUCAUGGAGAAACCCCCAGAAGGAGAGUAUUUCUCAUUCUCUCUCUCAGAAAAAGGAGGCCUUCAAUUUCCCUCCACUGAGGCCUACAAACUUUUUAGUCCUGAGAGACACUAAGGAAUAUCCAGGGGUGCACUUGAGAAGAAAGGGGGAAGAGGUGGAUGAGGUGCCUUGUCUAUGCCAGGAACCUGACUAAUUGCUUUACAAAAUUGAUAUGCUGUUGAGGAAAUAAGAAAAAUGGGAGAUUAUAAGGAAUGAGAAGAUCAGAAAAGAAGGAGGGAGAAAAGUGUUCCUCAUAUACAGAAGUAGGUACAGUGGCUCAGUUGGUAUAGAUUUAUUGUAACUACUUUCAAAAAUUAGUCCCUGAAAUUUCUCAUUAAGUUUCCCAGAUGAUUUUCAGAAGAAGGUAGGAAAGAAUACAGAUAGAUACAGAUGUAUAUACAUACAUACACACUUACAGACAUGGUGACAGCAAUACCCAAGUAUGGGAAUAUAGAUACAUACUGAAUAGAUCAGCUGGACCACAUCAGGAAGGUAAUAACACACUGCCUGUGGUGUCACUAGUGUGAUAUUCCUGGAUGUGAUAUGAAUGAAGAGAGGGAGGAGAGAAUUGAACAUGCAGAGGGAGAAGGUAGGGAAGAGUGGAGUGGUUAAAAAGAAGAUUAGAUGGAUGUAAAAAGAAGGCAGAAGGGCAGAGUUCACGUGACAUCUCUACCUUUCUUUCAUUGCAGUUGGUGGGAAUUCUCCAGCCUAUCAUGGUGAGUGACACUCAUGUUCUCUGAGUUUCCUGGGACACGUGCCCUGAGUGUUCCAGCCUUUUCUCUACUGUCACCCAUUGACAUUCUCACUUGGAAUAAUCAGAUCUAACUCAAAGGCUCAUUUUCAGUAGGGGCUUCCACUUCUGCUUUUCAGGAGCCUCUGAGAGAAGCCUGAGGCUGCUGGCACUCAUGCACACACCCUAGCAAACCCUGGCCAUGCUUCUGGUAGCCCCUCCUGACAGAGGGAAGGGAGCCCACCAUUUUGUACAAGUUGCCACUCAAGAAAAGGAGAGAGAAAAGACUGAGUGAGAAGAAUGGGAUGGGAAGAAUAGAAA